UUUCUGGUGUUGAGUAUCCUUAAAAAGGCAGAAGUGCAGCAGGAGAAUAUCCCACCUAGCAUUAAUGUGUGGAAACUGGAACAAGAGGAGGUUUGCCCAGGUUUGAGGAGUGGGAUUAUAAACUUUUGAUGGAAAUCUCCAGGAGGGUCCCUCUUUGAAAUGGCAUCAGACAGCGAGGUGAAAACGUUACUGAAUUUUGUGAACCUGGCCUCUAGUGACAUCAAAGCUGCUCUGGACAAGUCUGCUCCCUGCCGCCGCUCAGUUGAUCACAGAAAAUACUUGCAGAAGCAGCUCAAGCGUUUUUCUCAGAAAUAUUCCAGGAUACCAAGAUGCCACCCCAGCAAAUCCAUGGAAUCCAGCUCCAAACGAGGGGCAGAGGAUAGAAAUCGCAGUUCAGAUCCAGAUGGCCCGGAUCCAAAUCACUGCAGAGCGUCCAGUGAAAAGGUCCUGAGGCUAUCAGAGGUGGAGGAGAACUUCAAUGAGGAACAGGUUUUGCAAGAGCAAAGCCCAGAGUCUGUAAGGCCAGAUCAGGUGCCCAUGAGGAAAAGACAGCUGCCGGCUUCCUUCUGGGAAGAACCCAGACCAACUCAGAGUCUGCUGGUCGGGAGCUUUCCCGCCGCAUUAGAUGGGCUUCCAAACUCCAGGGACCUUCUUCCUUACGAGGGCAAGAAAAGCAAAAAGGGUCCUGAUACCACUGAGCCAGGCAGCCCCGCUCUGCCUGCCCAGCCCAGUGGGGAGAAGGAGCCUAUCAAAGUGCCCGGGACAUCCUUAUCUGGCCGGAUGAAUGCCUGGAGCUGCUGUCCAUUUCAGUACCAUGGACAACCUGUUUAUCAAACCCAUGGAGCCCUACCUCAGUCACCCUUUCCAGGCCUGGGGCUAUGGAGGAAAAGCACAGCACCCGCAGGGGAGAUCCAACACUUCUGCAAAGAGGCGGGCAGUAUGGGGCAGAAACUAUACAGACCAGUGGUUUUGAAACCCAUCCCUACCAAGCCGGCAGUGCCAGCUCCUAUUUUCAAUGUGUUUGGAUACAUUUAGCCUGAGGGAGCGGAGGGGAUUUUGUGCUGUGUACGGUAGCUCUUUCAAAUGAAAUUGAAAUGUAACUUCAGACAUUGGCCCAUCAGCUAAUCACGCUGUGGAGCAAUUCUUAGGGAAAGAAUAUGCUAUCAUUUCCAUCUGUCUGUAGACGGGCAGCUAUUACAGGCUGCUCCUUUAAUCAGAAGGGGACAAGCUGGCUGACUUAAAUAGUGGUUGUGGUGUCAGUCUCCCCUCACUGCACUGGUAUAAAUCAGGAAUAACUCUUACUGAAGCCAGUGCUGUUAAAUGACAGGAGAACUGGGCCUCUUAUAUUUAAGAUAAUUGUUUGACCCAGGGUAUGUCAGGCUAAGAACCAUUUGGAAUCUGCACUUAUAACCCCUGUGACACCUUUUCCACAUGGGAAUGUCUUUAUGCGGCUCUGCACCACCAGCAGCAAUGACGUGAUUAAAUUGAUAACAUCUCUUGUACUUUAAAGUCACUCUAAAGAAAUCAGUUAAGGUUUUCAGGUCACUUUCUUUUACCAAUAGGACAGUAUUUAAUGCAGAAGAUAAGUUUGUAAAUCGAUUUCAGCUCUUCUCUCGUGUAAAUAUCAAGAGAGUUUAAAAAAAAUAAAACAGGUAAUUUUAUUUGUCUCCACAUCUCGAAUAUGUUCAGAUUGCAUGUUUAUUGUCCUCCCAGCGAGUAGAUUCAGGUUUAGUUUGUAAAGGGGUUGUCAUUCAGAAAAGAGGGCCUGAUUCUCUAAUUAUUCACAAUGGUGUAAAUCAGGAGUAGCUCCACUGAAGGCUAUGAAAUUAGCCAGUUUAAAACUGGUGUGAAUGAAAGCAGACCUGCCCUCUGACAACUAAGAGAAUAGACUGGAAAUGGUUUAGCAUUUGAACAUGUAAGUGCAAAACCAGUGAUAUAAGAGGGAGGAUCUGAGUGUGAACACUGACGCCUCAGGGUAUGUGCACACCAGAAGUGCUACAGUGGCACAGCUACAGCACUGUAGUGCAGACAUUUUACUACAGUGUCUGAAGGUCUUCUCCCAUGGCUGUCAUAAAUCCCCCCCUCUACAAGAAGCAGCAUCCAGGUUGGCAGAAGAAUUCUUCCAUCUAAAGGUGUCUACAGGGGGCUUAGUUUGGCUAAACUAUGUAUCUUGGGGGGAGGGUUAAUUUUUCACACUCCUUAGCGACAUAACUAGAUUGACCUAUGUUUUAGGUCAGGUAGGUUUAGGUAGACCAAGCCUCAGUUGAUCAAGGCAAUGAGCUUCCCAGGGACAAUUCUGUACUCUGCCUGAAGACUGGUCUACACUAGGAGCUUACAUUGGCAUGGCUACACUGCUCAGGGGUGAUCCACACCCCCGAGCAACAUAGCUAUGCUGACCUAACCCCAAGUGUAGACAGCACGAGGUGGACAGAAGAAGUCCACUGCAGCUGUCCCUCUAUAGUGGUUUAAGUGUAGACAUGCCCUGAUUCUAAGAUGGAAAGCUGCAGAUUAAUAAGUACUCUGGUAGUUUGCAAGUUAUUCACUUGCAAAGCUGGUCAUGUGUGGUGAAAUCACUUCUGAUAGGUUAAAAAGAGUGUUUUGUUAAACUUUUUUAAAGCCUACAAAGAAGUAAUGCUAAACAAAUAGGACAGGAGACCUAUGAUUAAAUAUUAUGGACCUGAUUUUUCAGUCACUUAGCGGUGUAAAUCACUGAGGUCAACAGAGCUACACUGUAUAAAAGUGACAGGAGAAUUAGAUCAUAUGCAUCAGCUGAGGGUCUGGCCUUGUAUACUGCCUGCAACUUUUAUUAAGGGCAUGCAGAUAAUUCUCUGGCCAGUGGGCCCAUUCUUCCCAGACAUCUCAAUGGUAACCCUGAGAGCAGCCUAUGCAGAAGUGAAGCCACUAUGGGUUAUUCCUGUAGUCUAAAAAUAACAGCAUGAUAGAUGAACCAGGCUUAAGCCUUAACUUCCUUCUCCUUGUGCAGUCAUUUACACCUGUACAAAGAAGGCAUUAUAUAACACGAUUCUCUGAUUUGGUAGCAUUUCACCAGCUUUGCAUAGUUGUAAAUAAUAGCACAAGAUCCAGAAGAAUCAGAUCCAUAGAAUCUUGGGGCCCAGCAUGGAAGUGUGGGUCUGGCUCCUGUAUCAUACUUCAAUACCUCCUCCUUGUCUUCAGAAAAGACUCCAUGAAGAGGUAGUGUCCCUGAACCUGUAUCCACUGAAGUGAAAUACAAAAUUUCCUCUUAGGAGGAGAAAUGGGCCCAAGAGAGGCAAGCUGCAAAGCUAUAGACAAGGGGUUCCUGCAGCUCUUUCUCACAUGAGUGACCUUUACUGACACUUGUAGUCAGACUGAAACCAGUGGGCCAGAUGCUGAACACAGUCACAGCUGUGUGAACCCCGAGUAGCUUCACUGAAGUUAUGCCAGGCUGCUAGCAGGCAGGAUGACUGGGAUCAGCACCUGGCUCUCUGGAACCACUUCAGAAUGUAUGGUUCCAUCAAAAUGGAAACACUCCAUGAAACUGGGUCAAUGUCAUUUCAGAGGAAAAUGAGGUGGGGGAGGGAGAGUUCUGACAAUGUCAAACCACUUCUGUUAUUUUUUUAAUUUUUAAGUGACUUUUCAUUUAGAAAGUUUCAUUUUGUAGGAUCAUGGAUAGCACUAUAAUACGAUAACCUUAGAAAGUCAAAAUUGGAACAAAAUGUCAAAAUGAAACAUUUCUAUAAUUUUUCUUUUUGGUAAUUUUCCUUUGCAACUUUGGAAAAAAGCCAAAUUCGGAACGAAGCCAAAUGGGAAACCCACUUUCUGGACGGUUCUAGUUCCAGGGCUGGGACCUUUCAUGGAGUUCUGGUGUAUUCUAAGAAGUGAAGCAGCAGUGCUCUAGAACUCGAAUGACAUCAUUACAUGUAGCUGAAGUAACUGAAGAGGUUUGUGUGAGACAUUCUUCUGGGAAGCUACAACCUCUCCGCCAGCAAUACAAGUCUCCUCUUCCUGUGACUACUGUUUAGAUUAUUACUUAUUACUGCUUCGAUUGGUUCAAACUUUCCCCAGAUACCUCUUUGUCUGGGUCCUCAGU